UUCCCCUUUUGGCUGUGGGCUUGUUUGGUGAUGAGUGUGAUUGCAGUCCUGUCUGUGAACAUGGUGACAGCCAACAUGUUACUGAGUGUCUUCUUUCUUUCAGGUGCUUUGGCUGAUUGUCCUAAUCCAGCCAGCCUCUUCAUCACUGCACCAAAGAAGAUGGAAGCACUGAGUGGAUCUUGUUUGCAAAUCUCAUGUAACUUUAGAGUUAGAUCAGAACAACAGUUUGACAGCAGCAGAGAAACCUUUGGAGUGUGGAUUAAAAGUGACCCUCAAUUUGGCCUCUAUCCAAACAAUGUGAUUUUCAACAGUAGUAAGACAGUUAACAUGUAUCCAAUGAAUAUUACUGGAAACCUGAGUCAGAAAAACUGCACCACUCUGUUUUCCAGUUUAAUCACAAGUUAUACAGACAAAUACUACUUCAGAAUCAUGAACUGGCCUUUCAGAGCAACAGCUGAUUGUGAUCCUCUUCAAAUAACAGUUAAAGAUUCUCCUUCGAGCCCCAGAAUUGAGAUCUCAGGUGAUCUGAAGGAGAAGCAGUCUGUCACUAUAACCUGCUCAGCUUUCACUCCCUGUCCACACUCCCCUCCUAAACUCACCUGGAAUCUCCAACAAGACUCUCACAACCAAAUAGAGGAAAACACAGAUGGAACCUUCACAACUAAAAUCCAGGAGAGCGUCACUCUGUCAGACCAACAUGAUGGAUACAACAUCACCUGUUCUGUCAGAUAUCCUGUGAAUGAAGGAAAAGAUGUCAAGACAGCAGAGGAGAGAAAGACUCUCAGUGUUUCAUACUCUCCCAGAGACACUUCAGUGGUCAUCAGUCCCACUGAUCCAGUGUCAGUUGGCAGCGUUGUGAACCUGACUUGCUCCUGCAGAGGAAACCCGCCUGUUGUCCACUUUGUCUGGUUCAUGGUCAGUGAUGGCAGACUGGAACUGAUCAGAGUUGAUACACAGGUUUAUGGCUUUAAAGUGACCAACAGUGAUCGAGGCAGAUUGUUUUACUGUGGAUGCAGAAAUGAUCUGGACAUUCAACUAUCGACAGGUCGUCAGCUGAUAUUUGAAGGUGAUCAACAGUUUGAACUGGUUGGCGUCCAUGUUAUACUGAAGACCGUGGGAAUCAUAAUGCUCAUCAGUGCAUUGGUCAUCUUUGAGUGCUGGUUUAGAUUAAGACACUCCACCAAACCAGUGAAGCCUCCACAGGAUGCAGUACAGUCACACUAUGCCAACACAGUGACUGAGUUGAUAGUCUUUGCUACUAAAAGUGAGAAAUUGCUUCGUACUAGAAAGUCACAACACUUCCAUUUUUCUUAUCUUCUAUCUGUGGACUCGUUUGGGAACACGCUGUCUGUGAAUAUGGUGACAGCCAACAUGUUACUGAGUGUCUUCUUUCUUUCAGGUGCUUUGGCUGAUUGUCCUAAUCCAGCCGGCCUCUUCAUUACUGCACCAAAGAAGAUGGAAGCACUGAGUGGAUCUUGUUUGCAAAUCCCAUGUAACUUCAGUGCUGAAUCAGAACAAGAUUUUAAAAGCAGCAGAGAAACCGUUGGAGUGUGGAUUAAAAAUGCCCCUCAAUUUGGCAAUAAUCCAAACAAUGUGAUUUUCAACAGUAGUAAGACAGUUAACACGUAUCCAAUGAGUAUUAUUGGAAACCUGAGUCAGAAAAACUGCACCACUCUGUUUUCCAGUUUAAUCACAAGUUAUACAGACAAAUACUACUUCAGAAUCAUGAACUGGCCUUUCAGAGCAACAGCUUCUUGUGAUCCUCUUCAAAUAACAGUUAAAGAUUCUCCUUCGAGCCCCAGAAUUGAGAUCUCAGGUGAUCUGAAGGAGAAGCAGUCUGUCACUAUAACCUGCUCAGCUUUCACUCCCUGUCCACACUCCCCUCCUAAACUCACCUGGAAUCUCCAACAAGACUCUCACAACCAAAUAGAGGAAAACACAGAUGGAACCUUCACAACUAAAAUCCAGGAGAGCUUCACUCUGUCAGACCAACAUGAUGGAUACAACAUCACCUGUUCUGUCAGAUAUCCUGUGAAUGAAGGAAAAGAUAACAAGACAGCAGAGGAGAGAAAGACUCUCAGUGUAUCAUAUGCUCCUAAAGACACCUCAGUGUCCGUCAGUCCAUCAGGUUUGGUGUCAGCAGGUAGCUGGGUGAACCUGACCUGCUCCAGCAGAGCCAAGCCUCCCGUCAGCCGCUUCACCUGGUUCAAGAACAGCAAAGAUGGACCCAUGAUUGUAUCUGAAGGACCGUUUUACAGCUUCAAUGUGACAGAUGGAGGAGAUUAUUACUGUGUGGCAAUGAAUGAUUUUGGUACUCAGUCGUCAUCACUGAUUCAUUUGUACAGUGCAGGAGCAAAACAGCCUGGUAGCUCUUCACCAUUGGAGGCAGUUGUUGGAGGGAUCAUUGGGGUCAUUGUACUCAUCUGUGUGGUUGUUGCCAUUUGCUGGUUAAAAUCAAAACACACAAGUUCACAACGGACACAGAGCCUAAAAACUGAAGAGCCAACUGUUCAAAAACCAGCCAGAGCAACAGAAAAAGAAGACAUCCAUUACGGAGAAAUUGACUUCUCUAAGUGGAGACCUGAACCGUCCUCUGCCUCAGUACAGGACAAUGCACUGCAGCAGGAUACACUGUAUGCACAGGUCAAAGUGUCCAAGACAGCAAACCACUUAACACAGACUGCUGACAACCCAGAGGCUCUCUAUGCUCAAGUCAAGAAAAAAUGAAUAUGAACGCAUCUUUUUUUUAAAAACAAAUACUGUUCAUUAAUACAAGGAAAUGGUUCCACUUCCUGCAGUUCAUUACAGUUAAUUUCAAGUGUGACAUUUUUUUUAACAGUACAUUUGAUGUUUGAGGUCUCAAAACUACUUUUCCUUCCUGUAAUUUGUUUUUGGUCUUGCGAGUAUAUAACUCAGCCAGGGUAAAAUUUCCCUGUAUGUUUACACACACAGUAAAUCAAUAAUGCUGAUUCUAAUUCAUAACACGUAGCAUGAUUUGCUCCAUAUAUGCAUCUUAUUUAUUUAUCAUCUGUGGAUUUGUGUUUUGAUCAAUGAUGAAGUGGAGUCAUUGUGACCCACAUUUGUGAGUAAACACACUGGUGUAGUCCAGUAAACAUGAUCGAAAUCAUACCAUUUGAUCACAAGAAAUUUUAAAUAACUAAGAGGAAUAGUUACUUAAUAAUAAUAAUGCUUUAUUUUUGGAUAGGGACAGUGCACAUUAAUGAACAUUGAUAUUAAAACAUCUCUGUAAACAUGCCGGAUUAUAGCAAAACUGCUAAUUUGCAUCCGCAGUCCCUAAUAAAAUAAAUAGAAAAAUACAAAUAGAAGAGAUAGCAAAUAAAUAGAUAAAAUACAAAUAGAGGAGACAACACACACAGCACAAUACAUUGCACAAUCACUUGACUUCUGACAAAUGUUUUUUAUAUCAAGCUGAAAUUGAUAGCAAUAAUAAGUACCGUACAAACAAAUUGCGACAUUUCCUAUAUAAAUAAGAUGAUGACAAAUAAAACAGUCAAAUAUUUGCACAAACUAAUUUGGUUGAGUUUACAUCCCCUUCCUCUUCUUCCUGUCUCAAGAUACAAUCAGUAACUGAGAAAUUGGUGUUUUUUCUGCAGACUGUCUGUCUAAAAGUCAUGUGCUAUGUAGCUCAUUUACAACCUAAACCAACUGGAAUUUGAUAAUUAAUAAUUAAGUAGAAAUUUUGUUGAAAUACUGCAAACUCACUUCUUUGUUGUUUUUAUAUUAAAGAUGUAAUAUGUAAGAAUUGA